AUGUUGCUCCCUCAGAGGACCUGCAGAGGCUGGCACCACGAAGCUCCUCUGAGGGCCUGGGUCCUCUGUUCUCACGAGAGCAGCAGCCGCCCCGACUGCCCGCGCUCCUCGCUGAUUGGUCGGCUCAGUGCGCAUGCAGGUGGCGGGCGGCAGGGGGCCACGCCCCCUGCAGGCACAGCCUCCCCCUCACGGACUGUCCAUGGCUGCUGUGGACUCAUUGGGUGGCUCUCUGAGGCCUCUGUCCCCACGAUAUUCCAGCUCCUCAUCCUGGUGAAGGAAGCAAGGACUCGGGAGUGGACAAGCUACCAGGUCUCCAGGACUGAAGGUUAUCAUCUAAGUUGGUGUUCUCAACUGGAGGCGAUUUACCCCCCACCCAGGAGACAGUUGGCAAUGUCUGGAGGAAAUCUCUUGCCGGAAGCCGUGCCACAGAGCACACAGGCAGUUUGCAGAGAAGGAUGCAACCCACACCAUGUCCGAAGCGGGCUCUGGGGAAGAAUCUGAGAUGACACCCCGGGAUUGCCACGGGAAAAAUUGCCAUGUCUGUGUGAUAUCAAAUAGUCUGAUCAAGUCAGCAAAUAAGAAAUGUCAAUCACUCAGGUUUUGUCGUUGGCACAAGGAAAUCAAAACAAUGGGGUGAUUCAAUAUCU